GUCAUGAUCUGACUAUUCAACUUCAUUGAGGUGCAUGAACUAUACCAGUCAAGAUAAACACAAAGUCUUUCUGUUGUAAAUGGCCAUCUGUCCAAGUACUUGUCAAGCCAUCUUCUUUGCUUAUAUGGCUAUAUAGUUACGUCUCCAGAUACCGUGAUGUUUAGAGCUUUAAUCUGUCUGUUGCUAGCCAUGGUGGCUGCAACAUCAUUUGGUCUAGUGGAGAAGCAAACAUACAUAGUUCACAUGGACAAGACAAAGUUAAUGGCAUCAAAUCCUUCUUUUGGCAAUACAAAACAGAGGUAUGAAGAGUUGAUGGAUUCCGUCUAUAAUUUAUCAAUUGAGGAAGAGGGAGAGGAAGAAACAACACCACCACAUCUACUUUACACCUACGAGAAUGCCUUUUCGGGUUUCGCAGCAAAGCUUUCGGCCAAGCAACUUGAAUCCUUGAAAAGAAUGGAUGGUUUUCUAUUUGCCACUGCUGACAAAAUGCUAAGCCUCCACACCACCCGCACGCCUCAGUUCCUUGGCCUACAGUUAGGCAAAGGACUGUGGAGUACUCCCAGUUUGGCUUCGGAUGCAAUUGUUGGAGUCAUCGAUACUGGAAUUUGGCCGGAACACGACAGUUUCAAAGACUUAGGCAUGCCUCCGGUGCCCUCUAAAUGGAAAGGCGUUUGUGAGAACGGGACAAGGUUUUCGCCAUCAACUUGCAAUAAGAAGUUGGUUGGUGCAAGGAGUUUCUUUCACGGGUAUGAAGCAAUAGUUGGAAGAAUCAAUGAAACAAUUGAGUACAAAUCUCCUCGGGAUGCAAUCGGGCAUGGAACACACACGGGCUCAAUAGCUGCAGGCAAUGUGGUAGACAAUGCUCGUUUAUUUGGCUUCGCCAAAGGCACUGCAAUUGGCAUGGGCAACGCAGUAAGAAUUGCUGCUUAUAAAGUGUGCUGGCCAGGUUGUGUUAGUUCUGAUGUACUAGCCGCAAUCGAUCAAGGUGUUGCAGAUGGUGUUGAUGUACUAUCAAUAUCACUCACUUUGCAAGCUGGAAAUGGACCUGUACCUUAUUACAUGGACGUUGUCGCGAUAGCCUCGUUCGGGGCAUUCCAAAAGGGGGUUUCUGUUGUAUGCUCUGGAGGUAAUUUUGGUCCAUCUUUCUCCACAGUUGACAAUACCGCGCCAUGGAUCUUUACAAUCGCUGCUAGCUAUCUAGACAGGAGCUUCCCGACGACUGUCAAGCUUGGAAAUGGACUAACUUUAGAAGGGUCAUCUGUUUAUCCAGGAAAAGCAACGAAGCAAUUGCCUUUAGUGUAUGGAAAGACUGCUGGUGGCAGAGGAGCUGAGUAUUGUAUUCGCAGCUCACUCAAUAGAAACCUUGUCAAAGGUAAAAUUGUAGUCUGCCAAAGAGACAGUAACUAUACAAGAACUGAGCAAGGAGAGCACGUUCAAUUCGUGGGAGGAGCCGGAAUGAUACUGAUUAAUGAACUCUUUGCUGAUGCACAUGUUUUACCGGCAACUGCUGUAAGUCCGCAGACAGGUGAGGCCAUAAUUGAGCAUGUAAAAUCAUCUAAAAAUGCAACAGCUUCCAUUGUCUUCCAUGGGACAAUAUAUGGCACCCGUGCACCAAAGAUGGCAGCUUUUUCAGCAAGAGGGCCUAAUAAGGUUGGACCUGAUGUGAUCAAGCCAGACAUAACCGCGCCAGGGAUGAACGUCUUGGCAGCAUGGCCACCCGAAACAAGCCCAUCCAAUAUCUAUAGUGAUCAGAGACGCGUUCUGUUCAAUGUUGUUUCAGGCACCUCAAUGUCAUGUCCUCACAUAAGCGGCCUAGUCGCGCUACUCAAGUCCGUCCAUAAAGAUUGGUCGCCCGCGGCAAUUAAAUCAGCCUUGAUGACUACUGCUUACACUAAUGACAACAGGAGGAAACCAAUCGUCGAUGCUGCGUCUAAUGAACCUGCAACACCUUUCCACUUUGGCUCCGGCCAUGUUAAUCCCGAAGCUGCUAAUGAUCCCGGGCUUAUCUAUGAUAUUACCUACGACGAUUAUCUAAACUACCUAUGUAGCCUGAAUUACAACUCUUCUCAGGUUUUUGCAGUCUCAAGAAGCAACUUCACAUGUCAAAAAAAUUUAGCCCUCCAGCCUGGUGACCUGAAUUACCCUUCUUUUGCUGUGAACUUCAGAGGCAAGGCAAACAAUAUCAGUGUGACAUACACGAGGACUGUGACGAAUGUUGGGAUCCCAAAUAGCAGUUAUGUACUGCAAUUGGAGGAACCCAAUGGAGUAGCUGUUAGGGUACAGCCAAAGGUGUUGAAGUUUGAAAAGUUGGGUCAGAAACUAAGCUACGAAGUGGGUUUUGUUGGAUAUGAAAGAAAGACUACAAUAGCUAAUGCUUCCUUUGGAUCUCUAGUCUGGGUGUCUGGAAAAUAUGCAGUUAGAAGCCCUAUUGCCGUAAGCUGGUGGUGAAUUCCAGUAUUGUGGGACUUGAUUAGAAGGAAAAAAAUAUCAGCUUGGUAAUAAAUAUGGUUUAAUAGGAGUGUGCUUGAGAGUGACAAAUAAAGCCAAACAUACUCUGGUUCUCAUCUUUUGUUUACACUUACGUUAAGUAAAUGAAAUAUCAAACUCUAUAUAUAUGUGGAAAGGGAGCCUAAAGCGCCAAUGUCAUUGGACGUUUUGCUUUAAUACUCCUAUAUAGUAAGAUUUACUUAACAGCUUAAAUGAAAUUAUUGCUCACUCUA